AUGGCAACAUCCUCGGCACAAGAUGAUCCCUUGUCAAGGCGAAUGGCCAAUCCUGCCAGACCAGUCUUUCUCCUAGGGGAGGUACCUCCAGGCGAGGGAACGCAACCCGGAAAAUGUCUCGAAAUAGCCACCAAAUUUGCGGCUCGGUCCAGGGCACUGGCCACGGAUGGUUUCAUUGUCUACGAUAUUCAAGACGAGCCUGGUAGAAGUGAUAUAAAGCGACCUUUCCCCUUUCGGCAUUUAAUGAAUUCGUCCAAGUAUGCCAGCUUGCUAGCGAAAACGGCCAACAAGCCAUGCUGUGUCUACAAGUGUGUGGCGGAUGCAGAAUUUGACAAUUGGAUCGAUACUGCUGUCUCGGAACACGGUCAUUCCGCUGUCAACCUAGUUGGAAGAGCAUCCAGUACCGGGGAAUAUGUUGGACCUACCAUAUCAGAAGCCAUGAAGAUUGUUAAUGCCAAGAAGGGACUUGAAUUUGGUUGCGUUUGCAUUGCUGAGCGACAUACGUUGGAAGCUGCCAAGGCCAGAGGAAAAGACUACCCGACCGAGCACUUGAAUAUGUUGAGGAAACAAAAGGCAGGCGCGGAGUGGUUCAUUAGUCAAGCCGUAUACGAUGCGGAACCCACCAUUCGGCUGCUCAAGGAUUAUGCCGCCAGUUGUCGAGAGCAAGGGAUUGUUCCCCGAAAAGUUAUUUUGACCUUUGCUCCGGUAUCCCGCCAAAAGACAAUGAAUUUCAUCAAAUGGUUGGGUGUCCGAGUUCCUGAGGAAACGGAGUCCAAGAUUUUGAAUGCCGAACAGCCAGUCGAUGAGUCAGUGAAGCUUCUGUGCGACAUGCUCAAGGAAAUAUUGGAAGAGUGCUCUGGUAUUGGGGUCCCCCUUGGCAUUAGCUGUGAAAGUGUCAGCAUUUACAAGAAGGAAAUUGAUGCCGUACAUGAACUCUUUCGAAAAUUACAAGACAUUCUGUUGACAUCCCGGGGUACUCCUUGGGUGGUUCAGUGGGUCGAAGUGAUGCCACCCGCCGGAUUGGCCGAGAAGAAGGUUUUGGCCUUGACAAAUUCUGACGCAAGAAAUGACAGUCAAUCGAAAAGUUCUGAUAGCACGCUGACCUUGCUGCAUGUUCUACUCGGAGCUGCACUUGUGACAUUUGGCACCAUCCUGGGAUCUAGUUUGAAUGGAUCAAGAAAGAAAUAA